AUGUCAGGUCUCUUGAUAAAACCUGCAGCGCCGGCUUUUUACAGUGUCCGCCGAUAUGUCUGGCACAAUAAAGCAGCAGCUCGUCCAACCGCGAAAGAACCCAACCCGAUCAUCACCUGGAACUUCGUGGCUCGUAUCCGUCCUUUCUGCAGUCACUUUUUCAGUACCCCUCAUCGACAGAUACGCUGGUCAUUGGAGGUCCUAGGUUUACAUCCCGAUUAUCAAGGCAAAGGGUAUGGAAGGGAGCUUGUCGACAACGGACUUCUUAGAGCAAAGAACGACCCAGCAGGAGCGCUUCCGGUUUGCGUAGUUGCUGCGGAUUGCAAGGAAGCCUUCUAUCUGAAGGUCAGAUUCAACGAAAUAGUUGGGGACACAACCAAGACCGUCGGCAAGGAUGGCAGCGACAAUCCAUUGAGGGAGAAAAUGCUUGGAGGCGGGAGCGGUUUUAUGGACGAAGUAAAAUGA